AAACUUUCAGUGACACAUGUAUUUAGGCUGUCCACACCUGAGCGAAGGUACCAGAGCAGAAACGCCAACAUGAGGACGCACACACUUUUGUCCCUAACUCUGCUGAGCCUGCUGCUGUGGGCCUCCUGCACCCGGGCCGACGACACAGACUCCACACAGACAGAAACACAAGAAGACACAUCGAAGGAUACAACAGAGGAGACUUCAGCAGAGGAGGAGGAAUCCAAAGAGACACCAGAGAAAGAGAAAACCUCAGAGAUAGAGGAGGACAAAGAUGUGAUGAUUCUCCACAUCAACAACUUUGCCAGAGCUCUCAGCGAGAAUCAGUAUCUACUGGUCGAGUUCUAUGCUCCAUGGUGUGGCCACUGUAAAAAGCUGGAGCCUGUUUACGCCGAGGCUGCUGGGAAGCUCAAGGAGCAGGAGGAGGAAGGGAUCCGUUUGGCCAAAGUGGACGUGAUAGAGGAGAAGGAGCUCGGCGAAGAGUUUGAGAUCGGAAGUUUUCCGACUCUAAAACUUUUCAGCAACGGAGACCGAAAGCAGCCCCUCGACUUCUCUGGUAAGAGGUCGGCGGAGGGAAUAGUCCAGUGGUUGAAGCGUCGUGCCGGCCCCGGUGUUCCUGUGCUCGACUCUGCAGACUCUGCAGCUCAGUUCAUUGACUCACACAACAUCACUGUUGUAGGAUUCUUUGAUAAUCUUGAAAGUGAGGAGGCCAAGGUGUUCAAGGAACUCGCUUUGGAUUUCACUGACUCUGAGUUUGCUGUGUCAGCGACUACAGAGGUUUUCCAGAAGUAUGAAGUAAAGGCCAACUCGGUGGUGCUCUUCAAAAAGUUUGACGACGGCAGGGCAGACUUCUCGUUGUCAGAGGAAGGGAAGCUGGACAAAGAAAAUCUGACCACCUUCAUCAAGGACAACAGCCUGGAGCUGAUCAUCCCAUUCAGCCAGGAGACUGCAGAGAAGAUCUUCACCUCCAGCAUCCAAAUUCACAGCCUGCUGUUCAUUAAUUCCUCUGUGGAGAGUCAGACAGCCCUGGUGCAAGAGUCCAGGACCAUUGCCAGAGAGUUCAAGGGCAAGAUGCUGUUUGUUGUGCUUGACGUGACCGAAGCCAUGUCUCAUGUGCUGAAUUAUUUCGGUGUGUCCGAGAAAGACGCCCCGACUGCUCGCAUCAUCAACAUGGAGACGGGAAAGAAGUUCAACAUUGAUUCUGGCGAUCUCAACACAAACUCACUGAGACAGUUGUGCCAGGGCGUUGUGGACGGCACUGCUAAGCCUUACUUUAAGUCUGAGGAGAUCCCAGAGGACUGGAACAAAGGACCAGUCAAGGUCCUGGUGGCGAAGAAUUUCGAGUCCGUUGCUCUGGACCCAACCAAAAACGUCUUUGUGGAGUUCUAUGCUCCAUGGUGUGGACACUGUAAGAACCUGGAUCCUAUCUGGGUUGAGUUGGGCGAAAAGUACGCCGACAAAGACGACCUCAUCAUUGCCAAGAUGGACGCCACGGCAAACGAGGUGGAGUCUCUUUCCAUUGAGGGAUUCCCAACACUCAAAUACUUCCCAGCUGGUGGCAAAGAGGUGGUCAACUACUCUGGAAACAGAGACUUGGAGACCUUCUCUAAGUUCCUGGAUAAUGGAGGAGUGUUGCCUGAGGAAGAAGGUAAUGAUGAGGAAGAUGAGGAUGACGACAAAGAAGAAGUCGUUAGUGAUGAGGAGGCUGAUGAUUCUGCCGAGGUACCGACAAACAAAACAUCUAAGGACGAACUGUGAUGUCACUCUGGUUUCAGCCAAUCAGGAUCAGCCUUCCGAUUUUUCUUAAUAAAAUUAAUUUGGGUCACAAACACGU